CGGUGUAUUACAAAACAAUAUAAGGAGUUGCUCCACGCGCUGUGAGUGCUAGUAUGUUGGCUCGCCUCAUAAUAGACCGCGCGCUCUUACCAGUGGCUUACUGUCAACUACUUAUCAUUUAAUAGCUUCAGUCGUUCGACUACAGAUGGAAUCCCUCUGUUCUGCGGAGCUUUUCCCUACAAAAUGUAGUUUUGUUAUUUUUUUAGCUUAUAUGGGGCUUUUCAUUAAUCAAGGUAUUUUGGUGACAUCUACAAAAACCUCAAGUAAUACAUAUGCCUACAACACAAUUACUGUAGUGCUGUUUACAGAAUUUCUGAAACUUUUGGCAGCAAUGCUUAUAUAUUUAAAAAAUAAUUCUUUUGUUGAUUUAUACCAUGAAAUCUCCAAGAAUAAAAAAGUUUUCCUCUUCUAUUUUGUGCCCGCAGCACUGUACAGUCUCUAUAACAAUCUUCAGUUUGUCAACCUGGUCAACUUUGAUCCUACUACAUAUUAUCUUUUGUUGCAAUUUCGAGUUGUUGUAACUGGAAUAUUAUUUCAGAUUCUCUUCAACAAACGUCUUAGGUGUAUUCAAUGGGUAUCUGUCAUUCUACUCACUAUUGGAUGUCUUAUCAAAGAACUUGGUCAUGUGAAAGUUAUGACUGUAGCAUCACCACCAGCUACUGCUGUUUUGACUGCUGCAAGUACAAAUGUCAGGAAAAAUGUAAACAUUACUUCACAAUUUGGCUUUUCUAUAUUCCUCAUCAUGAUCCAAGUGUUCUCUUCCUGUUUUGCUGGUGUCUACAAUGAGUAUCUGCUGAAAGACAAAGCCUGCAAUGUGCAUAUCAUGGUGCAAAAUAUUUUCAUGUAUAUUCAGUCAAUAAUAUGCAAUGGUGCUCUGCUCAUAUUUCGAGGGGAGCUAGUCAAUUCUUUAACACUGAACAGUCUGAUGUCUGUUUUCCAGGUGAAAGUGAUGUUGAUUAUGUUAAACAAUGCCUCAAUUGGCAUUGUGGUCAGCUUGUUCUUACAUUCUCUGAACUCUAUUCUAAAAACUUUUGCUAGUGCUUUAGAACUUGUUUUCACAGCCAUUCUCUGUUGGAUCAUUUUCAACAUUCCCAUUGACGUUUAUACGAUUGGCUCUAUCUUCAUUGUUACUGCUGCUACAUUUAUGUAUGCACUAAAUCCAGUUGUUAACCGUCCAAAGAACACUACAGAAAAAGAACUCCAGCUCAGUGUUGAUGAAAAAUCUCGAGACAGCCAACCAGUUUAAUUUGUGUGAUUUGAAGGUGAUAGAUUGCAGAAUUGGUAGAGUGUCAGAUGAAUGCUUGCAGUAUUUAGUCAUGUUUUGAGUUCAAAUCCUGCUGAGGUCAACUUUGCCUUUUAUUCUUCAGGGAGUCGAUAAAAUAUGUACCAGUCAA